AUGGAUUCAUACUACAUCUCCCUGGCCGGUGGUUUUGCCGGCGUCGUCUUGGUCGUGGUCGGAUUGGCUGUGGCGGUCCACAAGGCAGCCCAGACCGAUGCGCAUUCAAAGUCCAAGGGCGAUCUCGAGUUUGCCUCGAAGCGCCUCUCGAUUGUCACCCCCGAGGUGCCUGUUCUCCCGCCCAUCCUGAUCGACAGCACCGACAUCACCCUCAAGCGAAAGAACCGCGAGUCUGUCCGCUCCUCCCGAUCGUCCCGACUCUUUAUGGGCCCCGAGCCCUCGCCCCGAUUCGCCUCCCUCCCCGAGAACGCCACCCCCGUCGACAAGCGAUCCAGCGUCACCCCCAAGCUUUCGGCCAGAAAGCUGUCGCAAUUUUCCUAUGCCCCUCGAAAGCCCGACGAGCUGGCCCUCCGCAUUGGCGACCCCGUCUCGAUCUACCAGAGCUAUCCCGAUGGCUGGUGUCUCGGCAUGAACUGGCGCUCCGGCUUCUCGGGAGUGUUCCCCCUGUCCUACGUCGAUCCCGACACCGCCCCGGCCUUUUCUUCCCCUGUCUCGCCCAGCACUCUCGAGACGCGCUUCUAG